AUGUCGUCUUCCUAUGCUGACAGGAUGUCUCGUUCGUUGUUCGUUUCUGGACUAUCACGACGAACAACUAUCGAAGAUCUCGAAACUGCUUUUAAAGAAUUUGGAAGACUUAAGGAUGUCUAUAUACCAAGAGAUUAUUAUACCAGGGAACCAAGAGGAUUUGC